AAACCAACCACGAGUUGGCGUUGUAUGGGAGAAUCCAUCUUGAAGAGCCUUCUCCGAUUGUGUGAUCAGUAAGCAGCUAUUUGUGGCUUAUUUUGCAUCUAUAUCGCUUGUUUUCAUUAUUUAAAUUAUUGUGAUAGAAAGGGAACAUAAUACAAAAUGUCUGACACCGAGCAACAGUUGAUGGAAACAUCAGAAAACGGACACGAAGGGGAAGAAGCAGAGGAUUUUAACGGAGCCGGGCCCACGGAAGAAGAGACCGAAGAGGCGGUGAAUGAAGGCGAAGAGGAGGCAGUGCCCGAAGCUUGUGCGGACGAGGGUGUUGAAGACGACGGGGUAGAGGAAGAGGCAGAGGCAGAGACGACGGAAACACUCGAGGGGGAAGAAUCGCAGAACGGUGCCUCUGAAGGCGGACAGAUCAACGCCAGCAAAGGCGAGGAAGAUGCGGGGAAAAUGUUUGUCGGUGGUCUCAGUUGGGACACAAGUAAGAAGGAUCUCAAAGACUACUUCUCUAAAUUCGGUGAGGUGACAGACUGCACCAUAAAGAUGGACCAGCAGACAGGCAGGUCAAGAGGCUUCGGGUUCAUCCUCUUCAAAGAAGCGGUCAGCGUAGACAAGGUGCUGGAACAGAAGGAGCACAGACUAGACGGCAGACAGAUUGACCCCAAGAAGGCCAUGGCCAUGAAGAAAGAGCCUGUGAAGAAGAUCUUCGUAGGAGGCCUCAACCCAGACACAGACAAGGACGUCAUCCAGGAGUACUUUGGAACCUUCGGAGAGAUCGAGACCAUUGAGCUACCUCAGGACCCAAAGACGGAGAAGAGGAGGGGGUUCGUUUUCAUCACGUACAAGGAGGAGGGUCCAGUGAAGAAAGUGCUCGAAAAGAAAUUCCACAACGUCAGUGGAUCGAAGUGUGAGAUCAAGAUCGCCCAGCCCAAAGAGGUGUACCAGCAGCAGCAGUUUGGUGGUCGUGGAGGACGAGGAGGGCGAGGGCGAGGAGGUCAGGGUCAGAACUGGAACCAAGGUUACAACAACUACUGGAACCAAGGCUACGGUAACCAAGGUUACGGCUACGGGGGACAGCAGGGCUACGGCGGAUACGGUGGCUAUAGCAACUACGACUACUCGGCUGGUUACUACGGCUACGGGGGUGGUUAUGACUACAACCAGGGAAAUACAAGCUAUGGAAAAACUCCAAGACGUGGAGGCCACCAGAGUAGCUACAAGCCAUACUGAUCACAUGUAGUGCAGGUCUAAAGUAAGAUAGGAGGAUGAUCCCGUGGUCCAGCCACAGCCAACACGGGGUCUGGCUUUUCCUUUGGAGUUGGCAGAAAUUUGGACUCAUGCUCCAUUUGUACAAAUCAAGUGAGGAACUGGGGAAGCAAAUGUCACUUUUCCACUUUUUAUUUUAUAUUGUUUAGUGUCCAUUUACAUUUCCAGCAAUGGAAGUGUUAUUUUUACUGUACUUUUUGGUACCUUUUUGAAUCUAAUGUAUUGUAUGGUUGUAUUUUACAUGUCUACUGGAAUUACCAACAAGCAGGAGCAGAGCUUUCAAAGCUUAUAAAAUAAAACAAUUUAGUUCUUUUUUUUUUUUUUCCUUUGGUGUUUCUAGACUUAGAUUAUUUGUUCCAGUGCGAGUGUUCAGACCCAGGUUGCAUGGCUUCAGAGUGGGGUGAGGCAAGAUGAGGGAUUUAAAAAACGAAUCAAAAGGUUUCAUUGUAAGCUUGUCUAGUGAAUGUUUGCAGUUGGCUAGUAGACAAGGACAACCCGCAAUUGUUUUUUGGCUUUUAAGGAGAUUUAUUUUAUUUUUUUUCCCAUCUUGUGUAGUUUUUAAAGUGGCUUUACUAGUGUUACUACGACGACCGAGCGCAAGCCUGCUUAUGUACGACUGGAUACUCAUUCCUCUAGUGUCUUGGGCAAAUUGGUAGAAAUAAACAUUUGGUUUAUAUUA